UGUCGUAAUUAUAUUUUGAACGUGAGGGUACUCGACCACAGCAGUAUAGUCCAUGGAAUAGUGUAUCUGUUCAAUAUAUAUCCUUGGUGUUGAGCUUACAUUUCAGAAUUGAGGAUGGCGCCCAAACUCCUUUCUUUAUCCUCCUUAUCUUCCAUUUGCUCAUUCCCCAUACCCAAUUCCUCCCCCACUAACUACAAAUUCCACACUCCUAAACCCACCCUUAUCCUCUGCAAAUCCACUGAACCCGAUGGAUGUGGAGCUGCCGCCCCGACCCGAGGUGACAUCUAUCUUCAACGUCAACAGUCCGUUGCUGCAUCCUCAUCGGUGUUAGCCACAACUAAGAAGAAAAAGAAGAAGAAAGAUAAAAUGAUGUUCCAAGCUUCUAAUUUGGCUCCUUGCUGUUAUGGCUGUGGAGCUCCGUUACACACAUCCCAAGUCGAUGCCCCGGGUUUUGUUGACCAGGAGACAUACGAUUUGAAAAAGAAACAUCAUCAACUUGGUAAAAUUCUUUGUGGGCGGUGUCGUCUAUUGUCUCAUGGGCACAUGAUAACUGCAGUAGGUGGAAAUGGAGGUUAUUCUGGAGGCAACCAAUUUGUUUCAGCAGAAGAGCUUCGAGAAAAGUUGUCUCAUUUGCGCAAUGAGAAAGCUUUGAUUGUUAAAUUGGUUGAUAUUGUAGACUUCAAUGGCAGUUUUUUGGCUCGUGUCCGAGAUCUUUCUGGUGGAAAUCCCAUAAUUUUGGUUAUAACUAAGGUGGAUCUUCUUCCAAAAGAAACUGAUCUUAAUUGUAUUGGUGAUUGGGUUGUGGAGGCCACAAUGAAGAAGAAGCUUAAUGUUCUGAGUGUUCAUUUAACAAGUUCAAAGUCAUUGGUUGGAAUCGCUGGGGUGGUCUCAGAAAUCCAAAAAGAGAAAAAGGGAAGGGAUGUAUAUAUUUUGGGCUCAGCUAACGUGGGAAAAUCUGCAUUCAUCACAGCGCUGUUGAAUACAAUGUCAUAUAAGGACCCAGUUGCAGCCUCUGCACGAAAAUACAAACCAAUACAAUCAGCUGUUCCUGGAACGACACUCGGUCCAAUAGCAAUUGAUGCUUUCCUUGGUGGGGAGAAAUUGUACGAUACCCCUGGAGUCCAUCUUCAUCAUAGGCAAGCUGCAGUCAUUCACGCGGAAGAUCUCCCUGUCCUUGCUCCUCAAAGUCGUCUUCGAGGUCGAGCUUUUCCAAGUUCUGGGCUAAACUUGAGCUCAGAGAUAGCUGACCGAGUGAGAUCAAGUGGCUUGAGUGGAUUAUCAAUAUUCUGGGGAGGCCUUGUUCGAAUUGAUGUUUUGAAGGUUUCUCAUAAAAAUGUUGUCGCUUUUGCAUAUAUAAGCAGUCUCAAUCAGUCAUUUUCAAUUGGUGGUCACUUUCAGGUUCUCCCUGAGACUUGCUUAACAUUCUAUGGGCCCAAGGCGUUGCAAAUUCACAUAGUGCCGACUGAAGAAGCUGAUGAAUUCUACCAGAAAGAAGUCGGAGUUCUAUUGACACCUCCGAAUGGAAAAGAUAAAGCAGAGGACUGGAUGGGACUUGAAACAAAGCGCCAGUUACAAAUUAAGUAUGAAGAUAUCGAGAAACCUACGUGCGAUGUGGCUAUAUCUGGUCUUGGAUGGUUCUCCGUUGUACCAGUUAACAAAUCAGCUGGAAUAUCUAAUCCAGGUUCAGAAGUAACGGCUGGAGAGCUAACUUUUGUCGUCCAUGUUCCAAAGCCAGUAGAGAUUUUUGUUCGGCCUCCUAUGCCUGUGGGCAAAGCAGCAGGACAGUGGUAUGACUACAGGGAGUUGACAGAGGAGGAACUAGAAGUGAGACCCAAAUGGUUUUUCUGAUGGUUACUAGUCUGAGUCUUAUAUGAUUGAGAGUGUUAUUUAUUUUCUACAUUAUUAGAUCAUCUAAAUGAUAGCUAUAGGUAAUUGACAUGGAAAAUAGAUGCUUAAGCUCGGAAAUAAAAAGAAUCUUGCCCCGUCAGUGUAUAUAGGUCAAAUCUACUCUCAAAAUUCAUGUUGUUUGCUUCAAGCCAAAUUUGUAUUGCAUAUGUUGUCUGUGAAA